AUGGUAGUAGUGAAGAAUAUCUUCAGGUACCUGAAACGAACUUUGUCUCCAGGCAUAUGGUAUCCUGUGAACUUAUGCUUCUUCGUUCAAGUGUUUUCGGAUGCUGAUCUUGGUGGGUGCGGCUUAGAUAGAAAAAGCACAACUGGUGGAUGCCAAUUUCUUGAUGGCAAAUUAGUUAGUAAGCAAUCCAAAAAGCAAACAUGUGUUCCGUUGUCAACAACUGAAGUUGAGUAUAUCACUGUUGCAUCCUGUGCUUAUCUUUUACAAGAAAUGAAUGAUAUUGAAACAUUGAAGAUAAAGGUUGCUGAUGCAACACUUGAGGAUAAGGUUUUGAAUUAA